CAUAAGUCGUGGACGAUGAAUGUCUUCACUACAUGGUCCCGACUCUGGACUUCCAGAGUGAAUUGAGGUGUGAUUCUGAUGAUACAGAGUGCUUUUGCCUUUGUUGAAGUCGCUGUGUUGUAUUGAAAUUACUUAAGUUGAGCCAUAAUGUUGACUGCGCAGAGCUGCGGCGUGGCGUCGCUCACUGUUUGUUCUCUGUAUGUUCUUUAUGUUUACAUUUACUGUUCCCACAAACUAUUGAAAACAAGAGUACUCAACAAUGACAGACUCCCAAGUUCAGUGUAUGUUUACAUGAAAUAUUUGGCCAAAGCUCUGACUCGGAGGACGGGCUGCUUGUACACAGCGAAGAAGAGUGAUGUUGUGUUCACGGUCCUCAGCUGUAGGCUGGAGACCCCCCUGCUGAGGAGGUUCUGCAGUGCUGCUGGUUAUGGAUGGGAUUAUCCAGACACCGAGUACAGAGACGUCCCGCUGUGCUUCCCACAGUUCCUCUGUCGCAGACUGCUGCUGAUGGUGCUGACUGAUCAGGACUUCAGGCUCAGCCCUGCAGGUCUGGUUCAUGUACAUCAGAGUUUGAAAACCCUUCAGCCAGUGGAUGAGCUGAAGAAGGGUCCGUUCACGCUGCGGGUUCAAGUCCUGGAGUACCGUCAAGUUGACGCAGGUGUGGAGGUGGACGUCUGUCUGACUGCCACUGCUCGUACCGGAUGUGCAGUGUGGGAGAGCGUCCUGACACUGCUGUCCAAAAACAAGAGCCACAAAGCCAGCAGAUGCUUACCAAGGAAAGAAAGUGAGAGCCAACCAGAUGAGGCCGUGUCAGAGAAUGUGAAGCAGGUGGAGGUCAGAAUUCCCAGGAGUGCCGGCCUGCGAUGCGUGUGGUCCUUCUGUGACUUCUCCCCCUACUGGCUCCUGUCUCUACCGGCCAGGCUCUUUGGCUGCAGGUUGCAGGCCUCACCAAGUCUCUGGAUGCUGUCUGUCUGCUUGGCUGAAAUAGAAAAGCACAAAGGGGUCGGAGUCAUCACAGCUCCUGUCAGCGUCACUGCCCAGUUCAAGGAGCCUCUCUCCGUGCCAGGCAGAGUGACCAUAACAUUUGGUGAGACGACCGGAAAUGGGGGUGAGUCUUCUGCCCAAGGCCUCAGCUUCCACAUGCAGCAAGAUGGAAACAACAUAUCUCACAUGAUGGGACUGAUUUCUAAGUCUUGAUUAAAUAGAAGGAUGAUACUUGUGUAGUUUUGUCAAAACACAGUAAACUGCUUUGCUCUGUUUCAAUGUGAACAACACAGUCUAUCAUUAAUUAAAUGCAACUAGGCUGGUCAAGACAAUCACCGAAUCCACAUUCAAGUUUCUCAUAUGAUCAUUAAAUGAGGUGUGUUUAUUGCAAAUUGUAAAAUGUAAUCUCAUAUGAACAUGUUUUAAUAGAUAUGUCUGCCUCUGGGCCACCUCUUUUAUUGUUGAUGGUGUUUUCAGCUUCAUUGAGUUCAACUGUUUCAAUACAUAUAAUAAUGCUGAUAAUGUUUUCAGACUGUAAAAACAUCAGCUGUGAAAUAAAAUGUGCCAGGUCCAGAUGUGUACAAGGAGCUAAUUUAAACCCAAUCUUUAUUUCUUUAUCUAUUUUAACAGGUGCAACAGGUAUCUAUGGACUCUGUUUCUAUAUUUAUGUUUAUUGACCUGUGACCAAAAAGUGAUUUGAAACAUCUGUCCUACAACCAUCAGUCACAUGAUUACUGGAUUUUAUGCUGAAGAAGUCAACGUUUGUCCAUAGAAUUAAAAAAAAAAAAAAAAAAACUUAAUCAGUGUCCUCAGCUUUACCUCCUUUAUUUAAUCCAUCACAGUGAACAU